UUGCUCCCUACCCCUUCCGCAGUUACUGAUGAGUAUUCUCAAGUUCGACGAGAUCCAUGGUUCCGUGGACGCGAGGAUGCACUGCCCAUUCCUACAGCCAUUGUUGUGAAAGAACCGCCUCCAUAUGGACGUCGUCAAGGGUUCAGACCACGUGGCGUUGAGGACUUUGGCGAUGGCGGAGCCUUUCCAGAAAUUCAUGUGGCUCAAUUUCCUCUUGGAAUGGGAUUAGGUGAACGAAAAGGGAAAAGUGAAGGGCAAAUAGCACUGCAGUAUGAUGCUGAUGGGAAAUUAAGGCACGAUGCUAUUGCACGACUCGGACAUGAUAAAAAUAAGGUGGUUUACACCAAAUUGGCAGACAUGCGUGCUAAGGCAUGGGAUGAAGAAGAUGAAGAUAUUCAAAGGCCUGAUGAGGAAACCAUUGCCGAACAAACCGAGAGGACGCGGUUGGCGCUGGAGAAAAUAACUGAAAGCAAGGUGGCGUCAGCUUUACCAGUACGCCAUGCUGAGAAGCAAGCACCUGCACAGUAUAUUAGGUACACACCUAGUCAGCAAAGUCAGGGACAUGCGGCAGGUUCGCAGCAACGAAUCAUUCGGAUGGUAGAAGAGCAAAAGGAUCCCAUGGAACCUCCAAAAUUCAGGAUCAAUCAGAAAAUCCCGCGUGCUCCUCCUUCGCCUCCAGCUCCAGUUAUGCAUAGUCCGCCUAGAAAGGUGACAACAAAAGAUCAAAAUGACUGGAAAAUACCUCCAUGUAUUUCCAAUUGGAAGAAUCCAAAAGGUUUUACCGUAUCUCUUGAUAAACGAUUAGCUGCUGAUGGUAGAGGAUUACAACAGACCCACAUCAAUGAAGGCUUCGCAAAACUAUCAGAAGCAUUGUACAUUGCUGACAGGAAAGCUAGGGAAUCCGUGGAAGCAAGGGCGCAAUUGGAAAAGAGAGUCGCACAGCACAAGAAACUCGAACAAGAAGCACGUAUGCGCGAAAUGGCUGCGAAAGCUCGACAGGAACGUGCUGGGAUCAGGAAAAGAGACGAAGAUGAAGAUGAAGCUGUCAAAGCUCGAGAGGAAGUUAGGCGUGAUCGUUUGGAUGAUAUUCGUAAGGAGAGGAAUAUUGCACGUAAUAGACCUGAUAAAGUGGACAAACUGAUGCGAGACCGCGAUCGUGACAUUUCCGAGAAGAUUGUACUCGGUUUACCGGAUGCUAAAGUGCGAUCAAGUGAAACGCAGUUCGAUCAGAGACUCUUUGAUCAGAAUAAGGGUCUCGAUAGCGGAGCCAUGGACGAUGAGACUUACAAUCCGUACGAUAAAGCCUGGCGUGGCGGUGAUAAUGUCCAACAACACAUUUAUAGGCCAAGUAAAAACAUCGAUAAAGACGUAUAUGGUGACGACCUGGAUAAGAUCAUCAAUACCCAACGAUUUGUUCCUGACAAAGGUUUCUCUGGAGCGGAGGGCAGCUCCCGUGGAUCUGGACCAGUACAGGUCAGUACGACACUAUCAGUUUUUUGUUUGCGGAUACUUAACGACACCGUCGAAAGCCUGUAG